AUGGAGUGGUCUUUUCCCUCCCAACUGCUGCAGUCGCAGUCUGUUGAAAUGCUUCAGAAGCCUUCCACGCUCUCAUUCCUAAACCCUGCUAUGAUCAUCCCUCGCCCUGUGUCAGAAGCAACCGAAAUCUUCGACACAGACAGCGAGGAUGACUCUGAUUCCGCUCAACCUCCGUGGGACUCCCUGGAUGACGACAGCCAGUCCACCGUGUCAAGCCAGGAAGAGCUGCCUACGCCGCCUGGCUCGGGCGGUCUAAGUAGCUUCGAAUUCCACUUUGAUCACGAGGCCGCGGUGGCCGGAGGCCCUCCGGGGCGGCAUCCCUUUCGGCAUAACCCAGAAAUCCUAAGCAAUCCUGAUGAUGAUGUUUUCAUCGGCCUGGCACCCGUCCGGGAACCAAAGACUGCUGCGAAAUCCAUCGGCGCUCUGAACACCGCCGUCGCACAGCUCGACGAGUCCCAGGUACGCGACUGGACUCCCCGGCAGGUUGCCGACUGGAUGGCCGAAUCCGGCUUCGAGCCUGGCGUCGUUGAAAAGUUCCUCAUUCACGACAUUUCCGGCAGUGUUUUGAUCGACCUGCAGUUUGAGGAUCUGAAGGAGCUCGACAUCAGCUCCUUUGGUAAACGACACCGAGUCAUGAGCUCCAUUCAUCAGCUUCGCAAUAGCAGUAUGAUCUCGCCAGACACUCUUCUGUCCCGAACGCCCUCGAGAAGCACCAAAAGUCCGAUGGCGCUUCAACCGCCUCCUCGUUCCGGUGAAUGCCAAGUGUUGACUCCCGACCGCUCUCGCUCCCGCCGCCGGGCUCGGCAGGUCGACACUGUGACCCCUGCCGAGUCUGUGUCCAUUGUGGGCAUCGAGCAGGUCCUUCCCAGAGAGCACAAGUGCUCCAAAGGCGAAGACUGCCCCAAAUGGCAAAAACAACAGCGGAGGAUUCUCCGCAUGCAGAGAGCAUUUGAGGAAGAUGCCCGCCGACCCAUCUCUGAGGCGCCUUCUGAAGCACUUCCCUCGGUCGUUGGCUCCUCAGAUGCCCUUGGCCCCUCCGCCCUCAAGAUCACCCCCGAAGCUCUGAGUGAAGUCCAGCCUCGUGAUGCUCAGGAGGGCGUCAGACAAUUCCUCAACUUCCAGCAUAUCCACUCCCCCUCUCACUCGUCCAAUCCAUCACCUCCUCCGGCGGCUUCCGCUUCAUUCGCCUCCAAGUCGGCCCACCUCGCCGAACACCUUCGGGAAUUACCCAAGCUCACCAUCCCCGCGGGCGAAAGCAAGGUUGAAAGCCCGUCCAGGACACCGCUCCCUGCUUUCCAACAGCCCACUCAAAUCCAGGUUCAGCUCAAAGCCCAACUGCAGGGUGAUCCAUAUCACUAUGGUGGCGUUGCUUCUCCAGCCGAUAUCUACCGGCUUGACACUCCGAUGUCAGCCACAGAUCUGCCUGUCACCGUCGUGGCCAUCGAUCCUUGCCAACGCGAUGUGUCUCAAUCUGUCCCUCCAGAGAUGCGCUAUGGCGCCACACCCUAUGCAGCCUGCCCGGAACCGAUACAACGUUGUGCAUCCGCUCAAAAUUCCCCUCCUCCACCGCCACCCCUUCAACCUCGGCGGCACUUUCGACAGACGUCUUUCACCCCAUCCGUGGCACCGGUCAAGGAGAACGAUGCUCAGGCCAGAGUGACUGAAUCCGACCUCGUCAACCAUCAGGGUUGGAUGCGCAAACGUCGGACGACUCGCAUGCUCCGCCACGAGUGGCAGGACAAUUUCUGCACUUUGGUCGGUAGCAAGCUUACCAUGCAUGAGACACACUAUCCCGAUGCUGCUCCCCUCGAGGCCAUCGACGUGGAUGCAUACACGCUGCACGCCUAUGCCCAAGCGUCGGGUUCGAAACUGAGCGCCGCGUUCAAGAAGAGCCUCCUCGGUCAGGGCAAAAUGCAGUCCGCGAGCCAGACGUUCACAUUCUCCCUCCUUCCUGACGAGAAACUUACGCCAGGUCGCAAACUGUUUGAUAAGACAAAGUCUCAUCACUUUGCCGUCGACACAUCCAAGGAACGAAUCGAGUGGAUGAGGAAGCUGAUGCUUGCCAAGGCCAUGAAGAAGAACGAUGUCUGCCAGAUCUGA